UAAGAACAUGUGAGUCUCGGUUGUGUCCUUCCGCUGUUCACUGCGUUUAAGUAUUUGAAGUGUAUGUGGUUUAACAAUGUCUUUUCGGUUCAAGUUGCACGUUAUACUUUUGUUCUGGCUUUGUCUGGAGGUGUAUUCUGCACCGAGAAAACCAAGGCUUAGUGUAGCUGACGACACUUAUUCAACAUAUUUCUUAAGGAAUAUUAAAGGAAGUCCCGGUACGUAUUCGUAUGGGUAUGACAUAUCGGAUCCAGUGAGCGGCAACAUCCAGUUUAGAAGCGAGGAGCGGUACUCCAACGGAACAGUGGUGGGCAGCUAUGGAUACGUGGACGCGGUCGGCAUUCCGCGCACUUACAGAUAUGUCGCCGAUGAAAAUGGAUACAGAGUAAGUCACGACAAAUUAAACAAGAUUCAAAGCAGUCCACUGGUAGUCCAGCCAAUGGGUCAUUCAGAGUCUCAAGUCGACGAAGAAUCUUCUAUUACUUGGACCAGACCAAAGAAGAAUAAGAAAAAACCGACAAAUUAUGCUUUUCAUAAAGAAAUUACGGGAAACAAGUACAUUCAUGGAUUUAUUAAGCCGCCUAGUGCUUACGUGGAGUAUUGAUUAUUUGGAUUAAAUUAUGAAAUGUUACCAUCUAGAUAUGCUAACACGUUAUAC